GGUAUGGGGAAAACGAUUUUUACAACAUUCCGUCAAAUGGCUUUAAUAGGAUUCUUAGUGCUCUCAAAAUUAGAAUUAUUUUGAAGCAGAAUAAGAUAUUUCAAGCAGAAGAACUAUGAAGAGCUAUAAAAUAAUUUAUUCAGAGAAAGCUCAGAGGUUCAGUGAAGUUGUAUGCGCGUCACUCAUACCCUUAUAACUUGUGUCAUGGGCUACAUAUAUGAUCUAGAUUCAUUCAAAGUUAUCAGGAUUGAUGUAGACAUGUGGAUUAUGUAGCAUUCGCUCGUCGGAGGAAUUACGCGUCUGUUGUUUUCGGCACCUGUAAUACCUGCGUGACAGGUUGCAUAUUGCUCGCACAGGACGUCUUUUGUAAUGGACCAAAAAGCCUUUUGAUUUUGCACAGACUGAGAACACAUUUUCAGUUGAGAUGAAGAACAGAAAAUGUACAUCAUCGUCUGAGAAGAGGAUGCGAUUUCAACCAUAAUUCACGAGAUCUUCUGGAUUUUUUUCCGGGAGGAAAUCGGGAUGCGAUUUGGCGAAAUUUGAGCGGACAAUUCAGUCGCGUUAUUUUCAGCCUGGGCUAUUGCGUUAACAGUUGAACAAGCCAUUAAAUUGACUCGCGAUGGCCGCGAUCGCCAGUUCUCUGAUCCGACAGAAGCGCCAAGCUCGGGAAUCCAACAGCGACCGGGUCUCUGCCUCCAAACGCCGCCCCAGUCCCAGCAAAGACCCCCGCUCUCUCUGCGAGCGACAUUUCCUGGGGGUCUUCAGUAAAGUCCGCUUCUGCAGCGGCAAGAAAAGACCUGUUCGCCGGCGACCAGAUGCGCCCUCGAACCCUCCACAGGUGUCCCGUAAGGGCGUCAGGCUAGAGCCGCAGCUGAAAGGCAUUGUGACACGACUGUUCAGCCAGCAGGGUUUUUACCUGCAGAUGCAGCCAGACGGAACCAUUGAUGGCAUCAAGGAUGAGAACAGCGACUACACUCUUUUCAACCUCAUCCCUGUUGGGUUAAGGGUGGUGGCCAUUCAAGGAGUCAAAGCAGGUUUCUACAUCGGCAUGAACAGCGAGGGCUUCCUCUACAGCUCAGAGAUGUUCACACCUGAGUGCAAAUUCAAGGAGUCCGUGUUUGAGAACUACUACGUUAUCUACUCAUCCACCAUGUACCGUCAGCAGGAGUCUGGUCGAGCCUGGUUCCUGGGACUCACCAAGGAGGGACAUGUCAUGAAGGGGAAUCGAGUAAAGAAAACCAAGCCCUCCUCACACUUUGUACCAAGACCCAUUGAAGUUUGCAUGUACAGAGAGCCUUCACUGCAUGAGAUAGAAGAGAAGCAACGCUCCAGGAAAAGCUCAGGAACUCCAACAAUGAAUGGAGGCAAAGUGGUCAAAAAGGACUCCACAUAGCAGGACUCAAACACUGUGGCAAAGCAGCCUCGUCCCCUUGCGCCUCCAAGUACUACAUGCUAAAACAAGAUGACAAACUUAACUCUUGCCUGUGAAAACUUUUAGAACACAGAAGGGGGUAAAAAAGACAAAUACAUGUUACAGUUCUAAUCAGGACAUGAACUCCCAUUUUAUGCACAAAAAAAAAAAAAAAAAAAAGGUCAAUGGGCAGUCAUUUGAUUCACAACAAUAGUAAUAUUUUUUUGGGGAUUUAUGCUGUGAUUAGCUUUAAAACAUUCUCUCAUAUGUGUUCAUUUCCAUGUGAAUGUCUCAUGCUUUACUCUCAUCAAGAAAAA